UAUGCAUUUUCCUGUUCAUAGGGUGCAUUCUGAAAACUAUAGAUACUAACAAGUAAUUUUGUUCAAUUGCAGUCAUUGUUUCAUCAUGGAUGAUGUUGUUCUUUGUGUUAUUGAGUUCAUUUUUUUACUUAUUAAGAUCUUUUUCCCCCCUUUUCUCUGUUUCUUCUUGCCACAGUAAAGGAGCAGGCCUUAAAGAGGAGUUUGGGGAAGGAAGUUGCUUCCUGCUAAGAUGCGUUGUACAGCAACCAUGAAGUGUAGAAACGAAUCCAAGAGAUUAUGGUGAAGGUCCACAGGGUCAAUUAUUCUUUCUUCGGAC